AUGGCCUCGGCAAUGACCAAGGCGGCCCUCACCCCGCCCCUACGACGGGCUCUACUCCAGUCGAGGAGCUUCCAGACGAGCUCGAGGAACCUCAUCCCCUCUGCCUUCGGUGCCAGCGCUGCGGCUGGCGGUGUUCCUUCCUACUUCCAGAAGCCGUCGCUCCCUGCAAACACGAUCAUCCGGUUCGUACCGCAACAAACAGCAUGGAUCGUUGAGCGCAUGGGAAAAUUCAACCGGAUCCUGGAUCCUGGUCUUGCCGUUCUGGUCCCCUUCAUCGACCGCAUCGCAUACGUGAAGUCGCUGAAGGAAAACGCCAUUGAGAUCCCCAGCCAAAGCGCCAUCACGGCCGACAAUGUCACACUCGACCUCGACGGUGUGCUCUACACACGCGUCUUUGACGCAUACAAGGCCAGCUACGGUGUCGAAGACGCCGAAUACGCCAUCUCCCAGCUGGCGCAGACGACGAUGCGCUCCGAAAUCGGCCAGCUGUCCCUCGACCACGUCCUCAAGGAGCGUGCCGCCCUCAACACCAACAUCACCGCCGCCAUCAAUGAGGCUGCUCAGGCGUGGGGCGUGACCUGCCUGCGUUACGAGAUUCGCGAUAUUCACGCCCCCGAUGGCGUCGUCGAGGCCAUGCACCGCCAGGUGACGGCCGAGCGCUCGAAGCGUGCCGAAAUUCUCGACUCCGAGGGCCAGAGGCAGUCGGCCAUCAACAUUGCCGAGGGUAAGAAGCAGAGCGUGAUCCUCGCGUCCGAGGCUCUGAAGGCCGAGCAGAUCAACCGUGCGUCCGGUGAGGCCGAGGCCAUCUUCAUGAAGGCCAAGGCCACGGCGGCGGGUAUCGAAGCCGUCGCGAAGAGCAUCGCCGAAGGCGAGGAGGCCUGCACAAGGUGCCGUCAGCCUGUCCGUGGCGGAGAAGUACGUGGAUGCCUUUCGGCAAGCCUCGCCAAGGAGAGCACGGCCCGUCGUGGUGCCGGGCAUGUGGCGACAUUGGUAGCAUGA